CCGGAAGUAUAUUCCGUCAUCUCUGGGUGUCAAGAAGAAGGCGGCUGUCGCUUACCGUUGUGUGUAAAACUAAACUGUGUCGUUUCAAGUCAGUCACGGUGCAAAAAAGGCCUCAGGCUCCAAACACACAAAGCCAUGGAGCGUUUGACAGGAGGAGCAACCUUCCCAGCACUCAUCUUAGCCAGCGUGGGGGUCUUACUUCUGUAUCGCAUACUCGGCCGACUCGGAGCGGGAGCUUCCCUACAGGACGCCGUGGUGGUCAUCACGGGCGCCAGCUCCGGAUUGGGCAAAGAAUGUGCACGCAUCUUUCACGGUGCGGGGGCGCGACUUGUGCUGUGUGGUCGAGAUGCCGCUCGACUGCAGCGGGUGGUUGAGGAGCUGACCGCGAGUGCAACGGACAGGAAGCAGCAGCAGACGUACACUCCCAGGACCGUUAUCGUCGACCUGUCCGACACGGAGUCCCUGGACAGAGCUGCUGAGGACAUCUUGAAGUGUUACGGACAAGUGGAUGUUCUCAUCAAUAAUGCUGGAAUCAGUUACCGUGGCAACAUACUCGACACUCACCUGUCGGUUCAGAGGGACGUGAUGCAAACAAAUUACUUCGGACCUGUGGCUCUCACUCAAGGUCUCCUGCCCUCCAUGGUUCGCAGGCGCCGCGGCCAUAUUGUGGUCAUCAGCAGCGUUCAGGGCAAGAUCGCCAUUCCUUACCGAUCAGCCUACGCCGCCUCCAAACACGCCACCCAGGCCUACUUUGAUUGCUUACGGGCUGAGGUGGAGCGCUACGGGAUUCCGGUGACCGUCAUUAGUCCGGGAUACAUCAGGACCAAUCUGUCCGUCAACGCCGUCACAGGAGACGGCUCCAAGUACGGCGUUGUGGACACGACCACGGCAACGGGUCGGGAUCCCAGGGACGUGGCCCACGCAGUUCUGAAAGCGGUGCGUCGGAAGAGUAAAGACGUUGUUUUGGCAGGACCUUUGCCCACCUUGGCCGUCUACCUCCGCACGCUGUGGCCCGCCCUCUUCUUUAAACUCAUGUCCUCUCGUGCUCGCAAGGAGCAAAAGCCCAAAAGUACUUGAGGCCGCACGGACGAAUUCGGACACGAGGGGUUGAUACCGUAUAUGAAUUACACCAGGACUCGUCAAUAAAUACUCUUUUUGUAUUACUUGGUGGAUGACAGAUGUUUUGGGAAGUAAAUAUUUAUCCACACAUUCACAUUUUUCAAUGCUGACAUGGAAAGUCUGACAGCCGCUAUGCUGCAUUCAAGGACCGCCAAACUAAAUGUGUAAUAGCAACACUUGACAAGAAAACAUUACCAGUGAAGCAUAAAGACUACGACUGGCAAAUACAAGACGGAUUAAUUACUAUUAAUCACGAUUUACAGUGUUUUAUUAACAAAAAUAGCAUGACAUAUUUAUAUAUUGCUAUGUAUAGACAGCUCUGAACUGAAAUUUUCAAUGAAACUAAAAGACACCUUUGAAAACUAGUCUUUUUAAUAGAAGAACAUUUCAAUAGAACUGUUGCUGUUAUGCCCAGUUAUUUGUUGCGUUCAAAGACGCCACGUAAUUUUAAGUUGAAUGGACGAUGUGUGUGUGCAUUCUAGGAUUUCGGAGGGCACUUAAAUGCAGAAAAUUGUACUUCCGUGUUUAGAGUUACGGAGUGAUGCUGUCAUAUUCGGAGCGUCCUUGAAUGCACCCCCCUGUCGCGUAGUAAUAAUGACUAAGUGUUGGACGGACGGAUUAGAGACUCCUUUGUUAGCAGGAGAUACAAAUAUGGUUUCGGAAUUGUACUUCUGUUGAUUUGUUGAGGUUAAUAAAGUUAUGAGAGCGUUACAUUUUGUGUGACUCUGGGGGCUCCACUGUUCCUCCGCUAGGUGUGGCUAGCUCGGGUGCGCAUGCGUAAAAUACGUAAAAAAGUGGUCUAUUUUAAUGUUUACCGCCAUUAAUGCGUUAUGUUUUGACAGCCCUAAUCACUUAAACAUGUAUGCUGUACAUUUUACUUGUAUUAGCACGUAUUUACAACUUAUUACUGACUUGGGGCUAAUGACAUGUUUUCUAUGGACAAAACUAAUAUUAAUAUGAAUAACCCAAAACCUGUUGUAACCGGUUUCUAACUCAGUUAACGAAAGUGCUUUGGUGAAAUCAAAAUAAACCCAACAAUAUUAAAUGAGCUUUUUAUAGUCAACUUUAUGCACACAAUAAAAACACCUUUUUUUACCAACUCAAAUUUGAAACAGGUUGAUCCAU